GGCAUCAGCUAUAAUAGAGUUUUGGUUUCUCUCCGGGAAAAGACUUUCGUUCAUAAACAGGAUUUGCAAAUUAGGGUUCGUGAUUUUGUUCUAAAGAAAAGAAAAUGGAUUCGUUCGCAUCGUUUUUUCAAGGUCAACAAUCUUCUCGAAACAGUUGGAGUUAUGAAUCUCUCAAAAAUUUCAGACAGAUUUCACCCGUCGUUCAGAAUCAUCUCAAACUGGUUUAUCUCUCUUUAUCCUGUGCUUUGAUAUCUGCUUCACUUGGUGCUUACCUUCAUAUUCUUAUGAACAUUGGAGGUUUACUUACAACAUUUGCAUCCGUGGGAUGCAUUCUGUGGCUAAGCAUGACUCCUGCAUUUGAGGAGAAGAAGAAAGUUGGUCUGUUAAUGGCUUCUGCUCUCCUUCAAGGGGCUUCUAUUGGUCCUCUUAUUCAGGUGGCUGUGGAUAUUGACUCUAGCCUUAUUAUAAGCGCCUUUGUGGGGACUGCAAUAGCUUUUGCUUGUUUCUCAGGAGCUGCAAUGUUAGCAAGGCGUCGUGAAUAUCUGUACUUGGGAGGUUUUCUGUCAUCGGGCAUCUCUCUGUUGUUCUGGUUAUCAUUUGCCUCUUCUAUCUUUGGGGGUUACGCGGCUGUCUUCAAGUUUGAGUUGUAUUUUGGAUUGCUGGUGUUCCUGGGUUACAUGGUGGUAGACACCCAGGAGAUUAUUGAGAAAGCUCACCUUGGGGAUCUUGAUUACGUCAAUCAUUCAUUAACCCUAUUUACCAAUUUGGUGGCUGUGUUUGUACGUGUUCUUAUCAUCAUGUUGAAGAACGCAUCCGAGAAAGAAGAGAAGAAGAGGAAGAAGAGGAGUUAAAUGGAAGGCCUGGGAUGUGUGACCUAAUAAUAAUGUACAGAAAAGAACAAAAAAUAUCUUGAACCUCUGUCUUAUAUCCUUUAUCAAGCUUUUUGCCACAUGAUUUCAUGUUAACAAGUUUGUAUUAUGCUAUUAUCUUACUGCGUAGGGUUUCCUUAAAAAUUGGGCUUAAUUCGUAGUGUUGCAGUGUUACAUUUUCAAGGAACUUACUGCGUAGGGUUUCCUUGAAAAUUGGGCUUAAUUCGUAUUGUUGCAAUAUUUUCAA